CCGGGCCGCAGUAGCCACAGGUUGCUCGCUUGUUGCCAAGGAGCCGUAGCGACACGAACACGUCAGCGGAGUGAAGAGUAACAGGGCUGUUAUUUGUGCGCAGAUAGUAGCGGGGAAAUUUCAUAUAUCAUGUUAGAGUCGCCUUUUCGCGCCUAAGACGUGUGGCUAGAGAGCAGUCGAAGCCUUCCUUGGUACGUUGCUGGGCUCAGCGCUUAAAGGCGAGGCUGGCAAAGGCAAAACAUUGAGCUAGUUAGCUAGCUAGCUGGCUAGCUCGCUACGCUAGCUAAAGUUCCUGUCAAUGAAACUGAGGUAAAUUCAGCUUUUCCCUGCGCCCGUGACUCAGCUAACGUUAACUGCGGGCUGGAAAUCGGGACCAGGAGGGUAAGCUGCGUCGACGUAAUGGGAUAUAUGUUGAGAGAGAGGUUACUUAGUUAACCCUGCUAGCUGUCGUGCAGUCCCAAGAGCAGCAGAAAUGACGCGCAGCCUCUCGGCUGCCGGGCAAAGUAGUAAUAAUUAUUAACCGACUGCCUUCUGGGUUUCUGAAUACUGCUCAGUAGGUUCUGUGAUAUGUCGUCUCCAUCGCCGGUGCAGAUCAGGGAGGCGAAUGCGCAUUUGGCUGCUUUGCACAGGCGAGUCGCGGACCUUGAGCAAAAACUGGAGGCAGCAGAGAAGACUGUGAGGGAGCAAGCGGAGAGCCUGAUUCGGAAAGACGAACAGCUGAGGGCUGCUACGCAAGAAAUAACAGAGAACAAGGACAGGGAGAUUUCCUACCUCCAUGAAAAGCUUUGUCAAUCAGAGGAAUCCAUUCAGAAACUCCAGCAUAUGGUCAAGGAGAAGGAUUCCCUAAUUGGCCAGUUGCAGCACCGCUGUCAGCUGCUGGACAACAUCUGUAAAAGCCGUCCCUUAUUAGACAGCAUGCUGGCCCAAAUGGCAGAGGCGGAAAGAAUGGGGCCCAUUAUUGACUUGUGCAAGCCUAUAGCAGACACAUCACUCACAGAUGGAGAGUCCAACUGCAGCCCUAGUGGCCUCUCCAAUCACAAAGACUUUUCACUCAGUGAGGAUGACGUGGAUGAUCAGGAGUUGGAUGGCGUAGUCUUUGGAACUACUGUAUGAAAAGGAGAAAGGAACUUUUGUGACUUCACAAUUUUGUGUUUUGGACAGUGCAGAUUUAAAGAGACCAAGAGAAAGACUGGGUAUGCUGAGGGUUAGCCUGCAUUUGAUUCGGUAUAUUUCCAUACUGCAGUGUAUCCAUACUGUACAUCUACCCUUCAUUACAGUAGCAUGGGUGUGAUUCAGCAAGCUGUUCCCAAGCCAAGAUCAGAGCUGUUAACAAAGCUGUGCUGAGAGAACGUGAUUAACCAAGAUGGCCUAGAACUAUGUGCAAAGUGAUGUAAAGUUUUAUUUUCUGAAUGGGUGCAUCACAGCCUAUUUACUUUUAUUUCAUAAAGUUUUUCUGGAAAAGUCAACUAAUUUUUAAAUUUUGGUAUAAGGUUCGCCUAGCAAGGCCUUUAAAGUCCUUUUCUUUUCCAGGCUGCCAUAAUUUGCUAAAAAAGAAGGAAGCUCAAGGAGCCCAUUUUGCUCCUCAGAAAGGAAUAUUUCAGUGUUUUCAACUUAGUCUGUGUCUGCCACAUCUGCAGCAUGAAAUCGAUCACCACAAACCACAGUUUUGAUGUUUUCAGGCACUUAAAACAAACAAAACCUGUUGUAUUAACACACAUAAGGUAUUUUCAUACUUGUUCUGAAUGUUUGAGUCAGCCCCCGGGACUGAUUCUAGGGCAAGGGUUUAAUAAUCACAGGUUUUAGUAGAACAGAGAAUUUGUUCUGAACCACGGCUUAAUCGCUCAAUUCCAUAUGUCACCUUUAUGCGCCUGUUUUUUACAAAAUGGUAAUUAGCAAGUUUGUCCAGGGAUGCCAACUAACAAUAGGCUCGUAUUCGUCAGCUAACAACACUCAAACCAUGAUGAGCAGCAGCUACUAGAUGUGUGGAAUGUUCUCAUGCAGGAACCUGCAAACAAGGAGCCAAGGAUUAGAUGUUUAGAUUUAGUUGUUGGGCUUCACCACUAUACAUCUCCUUCCCCGCCAUUGCAAUACUCAAAACAGGGAGUAACAAGACAAAGUUAACUGAUCAAAAGACUCGACAUUUAGCACCAGGAGCAGAUUGCUUUCAGAUGUGAAAAGGGCUGCAUUAGGGCUCACAUAAAGUGUACCCCAGACUACCAUUUUCAGGGGGAUCAGAGCUUUCUGGACUGCUCCUGGGCAAAAACAGCUUUCACAGUCCGCCAGAUGUUCCACACACUCCAGGGGCACACAGCCGCAGACCUGGUAAAAAUCACUUGUGUCAAAAAUGGCCAUAUAACAGAAGCUAAUGGGGCACUUGCCGCAUUGGUUUCGAUGGUCUAGGUUUUUUUCUCCUUUUCAUUUCUUUUGCUGUCAAAAUUGUUGUCCAUGGCAAUCGGCGGCAUGCUACAGAUGCAGCAGAUAGAGACUGGGUUGUAAAUAAGCUAGAGCGUGGCUCCAAGUGCCUUGCUCAAAGGUACAACCAAGGUCGCCUUGGGAAGGGCAACAGCAUUUGAAGCUGCAGCUCUGUGGUCUUGAAUGAACAUCCCUUUGGUGUCUCAUCAGCUGUUUCAUUCAGUAAACCCUUUUGCACUCUUUUCAUUAGUACAUCAUUGAUCAGGUCAAGUAAAUGUCAGAUAAAUGGUUACAGUGUUUAGUAUGAAUAUCAAAGGUUACUGUUACUAGGCCACAUCAGUCUAUCUGCCAGUUUGUGGUGUUAUGAAGGUAAACCGUAAUGUGUCUGGAAAGAAAUCUGAUUGCAAAUAAUGAUCACGUCCCUGCAGCUUUGUGCAAUUGUGAUAUUAUUUCUCUUCCUUUGAUGUCAAAACAGGAUGUGUAAGUCCUGUGUGCCUGGAUGUGGCAGUGAUUUCUCAGUCGCAAAAUCAGUUUUAUUUUCAGUUGCAUAUUUAAUUUAGUACUUUUGAAAUCAAGUCUAUGCAAGUUUAAAUAUAUUUUUUAUGUGUCUGUGGGUAUCAUUUGGAAAAAGCAGUGAUUAUGGUCAUCUGGUCAGACUUUUGAAUUGUUUUGUUGCAUUAGUCCUUCAGAAAGACUCAUUCAAGUUGGUAACUGUUGCACAUAUUCUGAUAGUGUCUCAAUCGUCCUAUUUUGAACAUUACAACUAGAAAAAAUAUCUGUUCAAUAUCUUCUUGGUUUUGCAAGUUAUGCAAAGGUAAAAUGUGCUACUGCAUCAUGGCACAGUACUUGUGUUAUCAGGGCAUGUGUGUCUUGUUAUUGCCCAGUAUAAGAGUGUACGUAUGCUACCUUUUAUUUUCUACGGAGUUAAUUGGUGCCUCAAAAACAUGGUCAGUUGGUCUAUGGAACUAUUUAUUCUGAUUAUAUCUAAUAAACUAUUUUGUUAUUCUGUGAUGAUGGA